CUCACACCGUGUCUAUUAUCGAGUUUUUACUUAUAUUUACAUCCUAUUUGUCCCUAAAAACUGAUGUAUCAAUAUCCAUUCAACCUGAUACUUCCUUCAAGCCCUGAACAAAAUGGACACAUGCAAGAUUUUGGUUAUUGGUGCCUCUGGCUAUAUUGGAGGCUCUGUGCUCACCACUUUGAUGAACUCCUCCCACCCACGCAUUAGGGAAUGUGAAUUCACUGCCCUGGUCCGUCACGAGCCGCAGGCCGAUACCCUCCGUCGUAGAGGCAUUAACGUGGCGAUGUUCUCUGGUUUGGAUGAUUUGGAUAGGGUGCGAGAGGUUGCAGCCCGCCACGAUAUUGUUAUAAAUACUGCAAGCACAUUCAACACCCCUGCGGCAAAAUCUAUCAUUGAUGGGCUUGGAGACCGCAAAACGGCGGCAGAAAAGCAAACCCACCUCAUCCAAACAUCUGGAACAGGUAGCUUAGCCGACCGUCCCGUCAGCAAGCGCUUCAUUGAGACGAAAGUGUUCUCUGACAAAGACAACAUUUACGAGUAUGAGAAAUAUCGCGAGAGCAUCGAGCCAUUUCCCCAGAGGACGACUGAUGUCACAGUGAUGGAGCAUGGCGAAAACACAGGCGUCAAAACGUACAUUGUUAUGUCGCCUACCAUUUACGGCCUAGGCAGCGGGAUGAUCAAUCAGAAAUCUAUGCAGAUUGAAGCCUUGAUUCGCGCUGCCCGCGACGAUAAGUACGUCAGUGUGGUAGGUUCUGGCGAAUCAGAGUGGAGUCAUGUCCAUAUUGAGGACAUAGGUCUGCUAUACGAACUACUUGUCACAAGAAUCCUGGAGGGGUUGGACCUGCCAUCAAACAAACGGGGCAUAUACUUCAGUGAGACGGGUUACGAAUCCUGGAGAGCUGUAUCCGAACACAUCGCAAGGACGGGAAAAGAGCUAGGCAUUUUGCCAAGUCACGAAAUCCGCCAAAUCACGCUCGAGGAAGGAUCAAUAAAGCUGAUACAAUCAAUGGAGCCUGAUAUUAUUGAGCUUGGAUGGGCAUCUCGGUCAAGAACUAAAGCUGAUCUGUCCCGUGAAAUAGGUUGGAAGCCAACUAAGAGUUUUAGUGAUUUUCUGGACAGCUUUACUACACUUUGGACAGAAAUUAUAAAAGAGUAGUGAAAAUAAAGAUCGGUCCUGGAAUGAGAGAACCUAAUAUAUGGUAUUUGUUUUUUACCUGUUGGCAUUGUAGGGCGAGACCGCCUACCAACCUUGUCCCGAGGUUGGUCCAGAAACGCUGUAUCAGCUGGGAAACUUUGUGUUACUAAAUCCUGCCUGACCUUCAUUUACUGCAAC